AUGCUUGACGAGACCAAAGAUCCAAUCACAUUUCCUGUGAUUUCUGCACUUCUUUUGGGCGCAGCCAAAGUACUGCGACAGCAAUCACUCAUGGUUUACUCGGAUGUGCUUCAUUUGUGGUCUAGAUUGCGCCCAAAGCUAUUCGAGCCACAAGCAACGAAUACAAUUGAUUUGCCAAGCUCUGUUGCAAAACUGAGAAACAUCACAUUAACAGAGCUUGAAGCCAUCGGUGGCCAUCCGUCCACUGAAACAUACUAUCCUUUUGCAGAUCUGUUCGAUUGGACCUAUGUGGACCCUCCUUUGGCGUUAUAUACAAACGACAGUGCUUCAGCCACUUCGUCGGCUGCCGGUACUAUCGAGGAGCUACAAGAUGCUGACAACUAUUCAAUUGGUGAACAGGUGAACAGAAUGAACGACAGCUAUCUUUUGUCACCCGUUUUCUUGGAAGGUGACCACCGUGCCGAUGCUGCUGUUAGCUACUACAGCAACAUGGACCAUCACGUAAUGCCUCACAUUCCUCCGAGAAUAGCAGAAGGGAGACAACAACCAAACGCAGAAGGCUACUCUAUACCAGAUCUUUUCGUCGACGACUUUUACGACGACGGUGACAUUGGAGGAAGCGAGAAUUAUGGUGAUGAGAACGACGACCGGCACGUAUGGGCGGCUAUUAUGGAUGAUCAACGACGUCUGUUGUUGCGACGUGCUGCCUCCUUGCCACCUUCAACGGACGAUCGCACUCCAACAGAUGAGUACUGCAGAGUUACAACACCAGCCGAAGAGAACGGCUCUUCUCACCCCCACGAAGGUGAUACUAGUGAUGCGCAUGUGUACGACAACUACAAUGAUGGGGUAUCAUCACGACGAUCGACAUUUGCUACUGAGGACAUGUCUGAUUUGGUCCCUGUCAGUGAGGGCAGCAGCCCUUCUUUUGACGCAAACGAGGACCGCGACCGCAAUACCGAUGACGGUGUGGAUGUACUUGAUCAGGCACAGGCAACAAAUACAACAGCAACAGGGAUGAAUGCAGCACUUGCUACCAUCACUGCUACUGCGCCGCAGCAGGAGCAACAGCAACGCCGUUUAAGACUAACACAAACUCGGCGAUUGAUUAGCGAUACAACAACCACAGUGCCUGCGAGCUUUUAUCAGCGACGAGAUACGCUCAUCAACAGACGUGAUCCAUACGACAUCUUUAUAAAUCAAAGGGGAAAAGGAAAGCUUGUCAAGGCCAAAAAGGCCGCCUCAAUCGAGCAACGGCUUCAUCGACCGCUUGUGCCAGUUGACAUUGCGCAGACGAAUGCAAUGUGGCAGCAUCAGCUUCAAUCGGAAUUCUUGCUGCCGAUGGCAAUGACCAAUGUGGAACUGGAACGGGCCAGAAGGAACCAGCAAGCCGUCGAUGACGCAUCAUCUUUACGUUCUUCCAUGGAUUUCAUGUUAAAUGACAAUUCAUCGACUGGUGCUGAUCAACGGUUCAAUACUAGCCGUGAACGCUCGGGUUCAUCUGAGUCCCUGCUUUUUGAUACUUCAGAUGAUGAAGAACAGAGAAGAUUAUCACGCAUUCGUCGGUCUCCGGAAUUUUCCCGGGUUCCUGAAGAAGAUGAUUACAUGGAUUAUGACAGCGGCGCUGGUGGUGACGAUGACGGCGAUGAUAUGGUGUUUCAAGAUGAUGGUGGUGUUUUGGCUAUAGACAGUAAUGGUUGUGGUUAUGCUACUACUGCUUUGCAUUGCAUGACAUGA